ACACACGCACACAGUCUGCACCUGUUGAAGAAGAGUGGUGUGAACAGGAAGCAAGCAUAUGCCGACCGAGAAGAGUUCACAGACCGCAGGGCCAGCUACAGGAGAGAAAAAAAACAAAAUAUGCACUGUUCAUUAACGCAAACUGUGCACCAACAGGAAGCAUAAAGACUAUGUGCAUGUCAGGAGGAAGUGCUGGUGUAUGAUGGUAUCAGAGCAGCGCACCCCGUCUUCCUGAGGCUCCACAUACAGCUCAUCACCGAUCCUGGACAGAGAAUGGAUGGCUUUGGCCAGCACUGGACGUGUGUAAGAUCUGCGAAAUGCUGCCUUGCGUCGUUUACCCUGCCUUCACCGGUGAUAUAAAUGGCUGUUGCUGAAGAGGUGCGUACUAAAACUACAGAUAUUUGGUGAAAGAAAGUCACAAAAAGAGAGAGCCUGCUCCUAAAACUUUCGAGGAUUAUUAUGGACGAGUGGAGGCAGUGUGACAGCGGAAAACAUCCCUGAGAAGGAGCAGCCUACACAGAGUGAAAGAAGAAUUUCUGUCCUAGCUAAGGUCUGAUCUGUCUUGAUAUUUGUGGUGAGAAACUGGAUAAAAAGACUGGAAAAUGAAAAACAGAGGGAAACAACCAUCACAGGAGUCUUAACAACAAAAGUUGGAUAAAGGGGUGAUUCUUCUGUCAUGGUCUGCUGUCUCUAAAGCAGCACAUUAAAAAAGACUCUGUGUCCAUACCUGUUUAGUGGACUAUAUUUACAUUUAAAUGCACUCAUUGUUGACACGCUUUUCUGCGACUUUGAUGCACGGCAGUUCUGUUCAUAGAUGUCUCAGUCAAGUGAUCCACCAGACACUCAGGCCUUGCUGCAGUCCAUGCUGCAGAGACUGAAGCUCCAUCCGGGAAGAGAAAGCCAGGCACACCUGCAUACACCUGUACCCAUCAGUACCGCCUCCACAUGGGGGCGAGGUGGAGAGAGAGGAGUCUCUGACUUCCAGAAAGUCAACAACAGUCCUGUAAAUUGCUUUGAGUUUGGUACUAAUUGUAGCACCGCAAAAGAGUUUGGGAUCUCUGCUGCAGGCGGUAACGGUGGGGAAAUACAACAACGAGGUCAUGACUUUGAAAUGGACAGGGGUCUCAUUUCCUUCUCCACUCAGAAAAACAGCACUAAUGGUGACACGGGUGAGAACAGGGUGUUGGGACAGGCUGCACAGCCUGGGAUCAACCCAACAGGUACAGGGCAGCUGUUUCCUGUGAAAUCAGUUAAGGAGGCUGAUAUCACUUCCUUUAAGAUGACUGAUGACAAGAGGGUGAGUUUAGGCAGCUCUGCAAUGUCGAGCCAUAUCCCUAGUAAUAAAGAUGCUGUAACAAACAUGGGACAGAAUCAGGACCAGGACCAGGGUUUUCCACACAAAGUCUACACAUGGUCCUUGAAGCCCACAGAUGCAAAUCUUGACAUCAGAAGUCAAGAGAAUAAAGUGUUCCAUGUGGGAAAUGGAGGAUUUGGAGCUUUGGCACAAAGUAAAGACAUGCAGAUUGUCCCGACUGGCCAAGAAACAACAAAUAGCAGCUCUCGAAGAAAACAGCGUUCGUCUGAGAACAAAACGAGGAGAUGGACGCAGAAGAUCAAAGAGAGAUGGAAGGACAGGCAAGGGAAAUUUGGCAAAAAGGGAAAAGAAGAAGAAUGGAAGGAAGACCAGAAGAUUGAGCAAGCAACUAAAUUUUCACCUCAAAACCAGCCUAUGACAGAGAAAAAUCACUUUAACACACCGAAUAAGGAGAAAGAAAGUAACCUCCCUUCACUACACAGUAGUGACUCCAGUAAAUCCCCUCCGACACACUUUGAAGAUGGACAAGGAGGACAAGGAUAUACGAGGUCUGGUAGUGACUUUGAGUUUGGCCUGGGCUCAUUUAGCUUAUUGGAGGAGAUCGUCACAGGUCAAGAGUGGGCCAAGUUCCUAAACCCCAACCAAUCAGUCACCUCAGCAAAUCAGAGACCAUCAGAAGAGCAGCUGAGCCAUCUCAACAUCCCUGCAAAUCCUCACGACAGCGGUCAAUCAUCUGUGAUUUUGAACCAACAAGGAGGUGUGAACAACCAGUGGAGCUUCAAGGGCACUGAGGCAUCAGGAGUUUCAAAUUUCAGCACGGCACAAACAUCACCUGAUACUUUCCAACCUGUCGGCAUGGACAUAACAGAAGAAAAACAAGCUGGAGUACAGGAUGCUCAGUCAGAACCAAUGGAGCAUGGACAUAUCCGCAGACCUCCCUCGUUUACAAAGCCUGCAAAUAUUGCGAUCAACUCAGCGCCAAAGAGCAGACUCCAGCUCAACAGAAAGAGACAGCAUCAGUCAGCUGAGAGGCUUCAAACUGAGGAUAUCAGUGACGAGCGGCCCUCAUCUUCACUAAGCCUGACAAGCAGCCAUGUGAUGGAGACAGGAGAGUCGCACCAUGAUAAAGUCAUGCCUUUAUACAUCCUUAACUCUUCUCCUCCGCCUCUAUCUUCAUCUCCUUCUACUCCUUUUGCUCCUGUACCCAGGGGUGUCCUCAAACACUCCAUAUCCCAGAAUUCCAGAGAAUUGCCAGAGUCUUCAAUGGAAAUAAUGACAAAAAGGAGGCGAGUUGAGGAGAACCGACGGGUUCGUUUUUCGGAGGAGGUGGAGACCAUAGCGCUUCCAGAGCAGGAUCUGGAUCUUACAGACUCAGAGGAGGAUUCAGGAGCGGAUGAGGACUCUGUGAUAGAACAGGAGUUUGAGGUGGAGCAGGCAGCAAUAGAGGUGGUGGCACCACCACGCCGGACUGCUCUCCCUACCUGGAUACUCGGUCUGAAGAAGAGGAACACUGGGAGGAAGCACAAAUAGUGAAACUGCAAAGAUUUGAAUUUAGUCUCACAAACAUGUCUUAAAAAAAAGGAAUGAACAAAAAUCAUCUGGGUGUGUUUUUGAAAACCCUGAAACAUGUUCAUUGCAUCAUAACCUCACCUUUUGGGGAUUUUUUCCCCCUACUUGGCUUGUCAGAAAUAUGCUUUUAAGACUUAUAAGACAACUAAAUAUUAUGUUAAGGUGAGGAUUUUCUGCAGACAGACGGUUUGCUGACUAGAUUUCUGUCUGGACACUUAAAGCCACCUCUUUGUGGAAGUGCUCCUCGUCUCUCUUGAGACCACCACAUGUCAGACUUCUUUAAGCGUCACUUUUAAUUUAAGAGGAUUGCUUUUUUUUACCCUUUACAGUUUCCUGUGUCCAUGCUGUCCUCUCCAUCUAUUUCGACUGGAUUAUGUCCUGACAUUCUGGCAUCAGCUGCAUAAGUGUUUAGAGUAAAUAUUUUACCACCAUCUUUUUAACAGCUUUUACCAUUAAUAUUGUAUUGUCAUCCUGCUGUCUGCUUCACUGGCUCACUCUGUCUCUUGUUAAUGGCUCCCUGUCCAGCCAUCCUAGAAAUUAUCUCCAGAAGAGAAGAGAGACAAGCAGUGGCCGCUGCAGACUAUUAGUGGUUUCUGACGGUCUGCAAAUCUCUGCAAAAAUGUUGAAACCAUAUUUUAAAGUUGAGUUUUUACUCUGAGUCAUUAUUAUUGUCAUCAUCAGGGCUCACAUCAGUCAUCCUUUAUAGGAUAGUACGCCCUGACAACAUUAACCACCUCUGUUUAAGCUGUUACAGACUAGGCCUGUAGCCCAUUAAAGGAAUAGUUCACAACAUUUUUGGAAAUACGCGCAUUCACUUUCUUUCUGUGAGCUAGAUGAAAAGAUAGAUACCACUUGUAUGUCCAUGAGUGUGUGUGUGUGUGUGUGUGUGUCAUUUUUACACAGUUUUUUGUAUGGAUUGAACUAAUGGAGAGAUUAAAGAGAUAUAUCUUAAUUUGUGAAUUUUAUGUGCUGGUAGGUGAAUUUUGUUCUUUGUGUUAUGCUAAGCUAACUUACUGCAAGUGGUAAUGUAGCUUCCUAUUUACCAUUCAGACAUCAGUGAUAUCAUCUCUUUUAAGUUACCACCCUAACUUCUUAUUAUCCUGGACAAUGGUUUUUUUUAAUUUGUAGAUCACAUUUUUAAAGUGCUUCACAAAGGCAAAGAAAACAUUUGAAAAAACAUUUUAAGGAGUUGUGGAAAAUCACCCACAUUUUGCCUACAUUGUCUCCCCUACAUGAAAAACUAGAUAACGUACGCACUGCUUUCCAUGUUUCACAAUAGCACACAAAUCUGGCCUUGCUUGGCCUUUAAAUGCUGUUCUAGUUGUCAGAAACUAUUUGUUUAUUCUGUCCAAAGCUUCAAUGAGUGACCAGAAGCUUUAUUUAGAGAGAUAUAGUACCUCAUGGCACUGUCUAUCAUUUCCAUUUUCUGUCAUGCAUUAUAUUGAUUUGUGUGAUUAAAUUAGUUCACCA